GAGUCUAUUGACCAAGAAGGCAGAAGCUAUGUAGUUUUCCCUUCAUACAAUUCUGUUUGGGACAUAAAAACGAGUCAACGAGCGACAGAUGCAGGAACUCCACUCAUGGAUACUUUCAUUUGUCUGAAGCUCUGGGUUCUUUCAAACUCAAUGGCCGUUCUCUGAAAGCUUUUCUCCUUGCGCCAUGGCCAUUUUGAGAUCUUUCGGGAGGUUAUAUGGGUUCUACAGCUUCAGGACCAGAACCAGAAUCUGCCCAUAUGAGCAUGUGACCAGAAGAAAUUUGUCGGACUCGAAUAAGAACAUCAAUGGCGACAGUGAAGUUUUGCCAGUUUUGAUCGUGGGUGCAGGUCCUGUUGGUCUUGUUCUCUCUAUUCUCCUCACCAAAUUAGGAGUCAAAUGUGCCAUUUUGGAGAAAAACAGGACCUUUUCUCAGCAUCCACAAGCCCACUUUAUAAACAACCGAUCAAUGGAGGUGUUCCGCAAAUUGGAUGGUCUGGCAGAGGAGAUCCAAAGAUUGCAACCACCUGUUGAUUUGUGGAGAAAGUUCAUAUACUGCACCUCUCUCUCUGGUUCUGUUCUUGGAUCAGUGGACCAUAUGCAACCUGAAGACUUUGAACAGGUAGUUAGUCCUGUUUCUGUUGCACAUUUCUCACAGUACAAACUAACGAGGUUACUAGUUAAGCAGCUGGAGAAACUUGGUUUUUGUGUUUGUGAUAGUGAUGGGUUAGAAACCAUUGACUAUGGGACCCUCAGGGCAGGGGAGAUAUUAAUGGGGCAUGAAUGCGUAUCUAUCAAAUACAAUGAUAGUUGUAUUACAGUGGGUGCUUGCUUUGUCAAAGAAGGGAAGAAGAUUGAGAGAAAUAUCAACUGUACUAUCCUCAUUGGUUCUGAUGGUGCUGGCAGCACAGUGAGAAAGCUCAUGGGGAUAGAAAUGAGAGGUGAAAGAGACUUGCAGAACCUUGUCAGUAUCCAUUUCUUUAGCCAAAACCUUGGGCACUACCUACUUCAUGAUAGACCAGGGAUGCUGUUCUUCAUAUUCAAUACAGAUGCUAUAGGUGUUCUUGUUGCACAUGAUCUCAACCAAGGUGAAUUUGUGUUGCAGGUACCCUUCUAUCCUCCUCAGCAAAACAUCAAGGACUUCAGUUUCGAGGUAUGCAAAGAACUAAUUCUCAAAUUGGUGGGCCAAAAUCUUGUUGACAUAGAUGUGGUUGAUAUAAAGCCAUGGGUGAUGCAUGCUGAAGUUGCUGAGGAGUUUGUUUCUGGUGGCAACCGAAUAAUACUUGCUGGUGAUGCGGCUCAUCGUUUUCCUCCAGCUGGUGGUUUUGGAAUGAACACUGGCAUUCAGGAUGCUCAUAACCUUGCCUGGAAAAUAGCUUGUCUAGUAAAGGGUAUAGCUCCCCCUUCAAUUCUUCGCACUUAUGAAAUGGAACGUAGGCCGAUCGCCAUUUUCAAUACAGCACUUAGUGUUCAGAACUUUAAAGCUGCUAUGUCAGUUCCUUCGGCACUUGGUCUUGACCCAACUGUUGCAAACAAAGGUUUUUCUUGCAUCCGUCACAGAAUAUAUAAUCUGUGCUUUUAUGCUGGUUUAACAGUACAUCAAAUAAUUAAUAGUGAAGUUGGUUCUAUUUUACCCUCUGGACUACAAAGAGCACUUUUAAAUGGGAUUUUCACGAUUGGUCGUGCACAACUCUCAGAAUAUAUUUUGAGUGAAAGAAAUCCUCUUGGAUCUUCAAGGCUUGUUAAACUACAGCGAAUAUUUGAUGAAGGAAAGAGCCUUCAGCUUCAGUUUCCUACUGAGGAUCUUGGUUUCAGGUACCUCCAAGGAGCACUUGUUCCUGACAGUGAUAAGGUACCAAAUGCACUGAAAGAAACACCUACUGGUCUUCGGAGGAACUUUAUUCCAUCUGCAGAGCCAGGGUCACGGCUGCCACAUAUGACUGUGAAAGUGUUGCAGAAGUUAUCAAAUAAGGAGACAUUUUCUACAUUGGAUCUGGUAUCUGGAAAUAAAAUUGAGUUCCUUCUCAUUGUAGCACCAAAGAAGCAAUCCUAUGAUCUUGCUAGAGCGGCCUUCAAGGUGGCGAAGGAAUUCAAAGUUUCUCUUAAGGUGUGUGUCAUUUGGCCGCAUCGUGUUGCUGAGAAAAUGGAUGGAAGUAGAGCUGCAUUAAUACCCAACACGAAUUAUAUAGAUGUUGAGGAAGUUUGGAGGUCAUCAUCUUCACUUUCAUGGUGGGGAAUCUGUCAGGUGACUGACAGAGGAGCCAUUUUGGUUAGGCCUGAUGAACACAUUGCCUGGCGGGCAAAGUCAGAAGUCCUUGGUGAUCAUGUUUUGGAGAUGGAGAAGGUCUUUUCUUUAGUAUUAGCAAUUAAAAAAACUCGUGUAUAGGAAGGUACUGGUGAUACUGAUGACAGAUUCUUGCACCAAGAUACCAAGAAGCUAUCUUUCUUAUGUUGCUGCAUAAGAGUACGGAUGCAACAGAUUGAGCCAUUCUGCUUGAUGGUCCUGGAUUUACCGAUUACUGAACAUUUUAUCUAGAUUUUCUUCAUUCUUUGAUCCUUACUGCUGAACAUAAGAUAAUAUAUUUAAUGGAUAAGAUCAUCCAAUUUUGGUUA